GUCACGCCCUUUUUUUUUUAUCUUCCCCUCCCAUGGCGAUUCCUUCCUUUCCCACGAACACUUCUCCUCGUUGUUCGUCGAGCAUUCCCACUGAGCCAGAGCGCUAAACCUGAAGGCCUCUUCGCCGGUUAUCCAUGGCUACUGCUCGUACGCCGCUGCCUCCGCCAGUGAUCGGGAAGGCCGGGAGCUACACCGUUUUCAUCACUCCCUCGUCGAUGACGCCGCCAUCUGAGAGUCCGGGAUCGAACAUUGUGAGUCCCUCGCCGAGCUCUACUGCUAGAAGGCCUGAAACGGAAGCUCCUUCUCCUGCGAAGGCUCCUCCUCCGCCAGUUCAGGUCCCGCCUCCGCAGUUUGAGAAGACGACUGCAAUGCCCUCCGGAUCUGUGUUAGGGUUCUUCUGGGAGGCUGUCGCCAAAAUCCAAAAUGCGCAUUCAAGCUUGGACGAACACUUGGCGAAUUGGUUCGGCUUGGACCAUUCGAGGUACCAGUGGGCCUUGAAUGAUUACUAUGAAGUCAGUGGAAAGGUAAUUGAUCUUUCUCCUUUUCCCUUCAGUUCUUUUGGACGCCAAUGGCUUCAGGCUUACUCUGAAAUUGGAAUACAGUGUUUCAGUCUGCAUUUAUCUUCUAUAAUUGCGAAGUGAUAUUAUUUUCUCUGGAAUUAUUUCCUGGAUCAAUUUUCUUGUUGGCAGAAGGCAAUUAAGUUAAUUUGAGUAGGCAUUGAUAAGGGUAAGAUAUUAUGGAAAAGAUCCAAUGUGAGUUUCCUAGACUUUUCUAUUCAUUUUCUUUUUCUGGAGUUUAUAUCCACUAGAACAAAGAAGUGUACCCAUAUUUGUUUAAAAUCACAUUUGCUUUGAAAAGUACAAAUUUGCACAUAUUUGUAUAUGUUUAUUGUUGGGCCAAGAUGAGAAAGUUCAAUUACAAAAAAUUUCUAUA